AUGCCGAUUGUGGCUCUUCCGCCCACAACGGUUCGGGCCAUUGGCUCAACAUCUAUCAUCUCUGACCCGUACUCGGUGGUCAAGGAGUUGCUGGACAAUUCUCUGGAUGCUGCAGCAACUUCUGUAUCCAUUGAGAUAUCGCUAAAUACCGUCGAUACCAUCCAGAUUAAGGACAAUGGCCAUGGGAUACCCGCAUCCGACUACGGACUUGUAUGUAAACGCACCUUCACCAGCAAGAUCCAUACUGUGGAAGAUCUGAGGAAAGUCGGCGGUAAAUCGCUAGGCUUCAGAGGAGAAGCAUUGGCGAGUGCCGCUGAAGUUUCCGGUACCUUGGUCAUUUCUACAAGAGUCCAAUCAGAACCUGUGGGCUCUUUUCUGAGGUAUGGAAGAAAUGGAGAACUACUCAGCUCUGAAAAUGUCGCCCAUCCUGUGGGCACAACUGUCAAGGUCUCAAAUCUAUUCCGGCAGAUACCAGUUCGGCGACAGACCGCUGUGAAGAACUCCAAGAAAACGCUACUCAGAAUCAGGAAGAUGAUUCAAGCCUAUGCCAUGGCUAGGCCUUCCACUAGACUUUCUUUGAAGAUAAUAAAGGCCAAAAAUGACUCUGGCAAUUGGAUGUAUGCUCCUGGAAAGGAGUCAACGCUCAUUGAUGCAGCAUUGAAGGUAGCCGGGAGGGAUGUUGCCUCUAGUUGUAUCACAAAGGAAUGGCCAGGUUCCCAUUCCAAUAAUUGUGAGUCCUCGCGAGAUGUAGAUCCAGAUAUAAAACUUGCAGCAUUACUCCCCAAUCUCGGAUCAGAUUUCACACGAUUCAACAACAUGGGGCAGUAUGUUAGUAUUGACGGCAGACCCAUAUCACCCGGGCGGGGCGUUGCUCAAAGCAUAGUGAAGCUUUACAGGUCGUAUCUACAUUCGGCUGCCUCUCGUGGUGGUCUCUCUCCAACGAUCACUGACCCAUUCCUUUGCGUCCAUGUCCUAUGCCCCGAUGGAACCUAUGACGUUAAUAUCGAACCUCUCAAAGAUGAUGUUUUGUUUGAGAAUCAACCCGCCAUUCUUUCUCUAUUCGAAAGCCUCCUCCAAGAUGUCUAUGGUGUUGAACCGGAUGCAAACCGGUUGGAACCCGAUAAUCUCGCUGAGAACAGAGAACCCGUUUCCGAAGAUAGAUUUGAGGUGGCCUUGUCUGAAAGAUCUCAAGAGACUACACUUGUAAAUCCUCCAGUCUCUCACUCUCAGAAUGAAGACAUUGUGAGCGCUCGCACAUUUAUGCGCCCAGGGCCACCCCGUCGGAGCCCUCAAGGGUCUAGGCAUAGUCUCGGAAACCCAUUAGCUUUAUCCACCAAAACGAGAACAUCAGAUACAUCUUCUGUGGUUAAUACCCAGCGCCAUCAUCGCUCAUUUUCCCACCGGGGAACAGAACCAUCCCCAUCCAAUUCAAGUCCACGCGAGAUAAGGCAGACCACAGACCUUGGUGCCCUCCCGAGUCCAGUGUCUAGUUCUGGUUCCCCUCCCUCUCACACGGCAUCUCUUUCUCCUACAACUCCGGUGCGAAAUCCAAGAGAGCAGCAGAGGGAGCGGGAUAGAGAGCGGUACGGCAACGGGUCUCUGGACACCUGGUUUCUGAAACUGUCCCAGGCAUCUCAGACCACUGCGACUACAGGUGAUACCCAAACACAUGACACAGAGCCUUCAUUGUCUCAGCUUACACAGCAUCGUUUCGGCUCUGGGGUAGCUAGUCCGAGCAAUGCGCCCGAGAUUCACGUAGGAUCGUCUCAACAAAUCAAUACAUCUUCCAGUCCUACACCAGAGUCAGAAUCGGUCCAGGUGUGUCCAAAUAAUGCAGCACAGGCUUCGAGAGGCGUGAACAAGGGCAAGGGUCUUCCGGUCCUGGAGCAAUGGGCCGCCAGAUUAUACAAUACUCCAAACCCCGACGAAAACCCAGAACUCCAAAAGGCGCUUGAAUUCGAGACAAGGAAAAAGGCCGCUAUACAAGAAAGGCGAUUACAGAUCCAAGGCUCAAGACCAUCUGCUCCUACGAGCUCCCCUCACCAAAGCAGGUACCUUGCUGCUCGAGCUGCCUUGAACUCAGAGCCGGACUCUACUAUGCAGCAAUCGAAGCCCGUAGGUGCCGCAAACACCAACGGGGCAUAUAAAUCAGUCCUCAACCCGCACGACCCUAGGGCAUACCUCAUACGUCUUCAAAAUACUGAUGCCUUGAGUAAUUCGAAACUCAAGCGCAUUAAAUCAAACAAACUACCCUUUGAGAAAAUUCCCGAAGGACAUGACCUGCAUUCUCUUGGCUGUACCUCGCCAGCAAACUUAUCUUUGCUCCACACAUCCUUCAACGAAACCGCAAAGGUCGAUCUAUAUACGCGAUCUGGUGAUCAAACCGACGCAUUCAAUCCACGCGAUUUAGACGCGGCUAUCGAGUCCUGGAGUUACCGACUGUCAAAGUUGAUGGAAACCUAUUACCGGCCAACGGAGGAUUCUGAUAUUCCUCUGCCCCAAUUCGAUUUCUCCUCUAUAAUUCGAACUUCUAAUAACAAUGGUUUACCAGUUGCCAAUGCUUGA